AUGAACCGACACUAUCAUUCUCCCUCAAUAUACUCUCUUUCCGAUGAAGAGAAGAUGGGCUUGCUCGACAACAGGUCCAUCUCUGACGCUGAUAGUGAGAGCGGUCGAGAUGACCAAGAUUUUCGACCUCACCAUGAGAAAUGGGCCGGCCCCAUUCUCACUCCUGUCGACUACAUCCGCUCAACCCCUUGGAGAGUCUAUCUUGUUCGGUUCGCCUGGUUCUUCGUUCCCAGCUAUCUUCAGGGGCGACAUGCUCGGGAACAGAUUCGACCCGCUAAGCUCGCUCCUACUGCCUAUCUCGAUGGCAUGCGAGGUGUUGCCGCCCUCGUCGUACUAUUCUGCCACUUCUUUUACCAAGCCUUUGUCAUUGCAAAGGGCUGGGGCUGCGAUGAUGCUCACUACAACAUCUUGAAGCUACCUAUUCUGCGGCUAUGGUACCAGGGUCCUCCGGCUGUCUGUCUUUUCUUUGUCAUCUCGGGAUAUGCCCUCUCCUAUCGACCCCUCAAACUUAUCCGUAGCCGGAACCUUCAGGACUUUUCAACCACCAUGAGCUCUCUGGUGUUUCGGCGCGGCAUUCGCCUAUACCUCCCUACGGCCAUCUCCACCCUAAUGAUUGUUUCCUUUAUCCGCUUAGGAGUUUACGAACAGACACGAGAGUUUGCCAUGGAUCGCACCUUUAUGAGGAAUGUCAGAGAGCCUCAUCCCUCGCCGCUUCCAACACUCUAUGCUCAAUUGGCAGAUUGGGCAAAAGACAUGUUCAACUUCGUUCACGUCUUUGGCUGGAAGACUCAUGGCGGAAGUACCAAUUAUGACCAACAUCUUUGGACUAUCCCUGUAGAGUUCCGAUGCUCUUUGUACCUUUUCCUCACCCUCAUAGCCACUGCUCGACUCCGAACUCAGUACAGGUUUAUCACCGUUGCCGGCGUUAUGCUCUUUACUUACCGAAACUCCCGUUGGGAGUUCCUCAUGUUCCUUUGCGGCAUGAUCCUUGCCGAGAUUGAUCUGGCACGUGGUGCUCACUCUUCGCCUCCUGCCCUUCCAAUCGAAGAGAAGACGCAAUCCUCUCACCCUCGAUGGUACCAAAGUGCUUUCUGGGCAGCGCUCAGCAUCGCAGGUCUAUACCUUAUGAGCCAACCUGAUGAGGGUGGAGAUAGAACACCUGGCUGGGUCUAUCUCACAUCAUUGAUCCCUCAGUGGUGGGCUGCUGAAAAGUACAGAUACUGGCAAUGCACGGGUGCUGUCAUGUUUGUCCUUGCAGUGAGCCGUUCGUCCAACUGGCAGCGCGUUUUCAACUCGGCUUUCAUCCAGUACUUGGGCAAGAUUUCUUACGCCCUUUAUCUUAUGCAUGGGCCGAUCAUCCAUGCUUUUGGAUAUCACAUUGAACGCUGGGCAUAUAGCUUGACGGGCACCGAAGGACAUCAGUUCACUGCUGGGUUCGUCCUGAGCUCGUUCUUUGUGUUCCCUACUAUAUUUUGGUGUGCAGAUGUUUUCUGGCGUGCAGUCGACAUCCCCACGGUCAAGUUUGCCAAGUGGUGGGAGAACAAGCUUACGGCCAAGGCGGACUAG